AUGUAUGGCAGUUUGAUCUGCCUUUACUUUUCUUGGAACGUGGUUACUUGCGAUUUGAUAAGGGUCGAAAAAAACAUUUUAGAGGAUGCCAAUCUGAUCACGCCCGAUCUAAUCAAAAAGUAUGGAUAUCCGGCGGAAACCCAUAAGAUCCAAGCAAAGGACGGCUUUGUGCUCACGGCUCAUAGAAUUCCAAAGCCGGGCGGACAGCCGGUAUUGAUGGUACAUGGCCUGCUGGAUAGUUCCGUAGCAUAUGUGAUACUGGGUCCGGAAAAGUCCUUGGGAUUCCUGCUCAGCGAUUUGGGAUACGAUAUUUGGCUGCUAAAUACCAGGGGAAAUCGAUAUUCGCGCAAGCAUAAGCGAUUCCACCGAUACCAACCGCAGUUCUGGGAUUUCUCCUUUCACGAGCUCGGCAUGUACGAUCUUCCUGCUGCCAUCGAUUAUGUCCUUGCGAGGAGCAAGGGAUUCGAGCAGGUCCACUAUGUCGGUCACUCGCAGGGCACAACCUCAUUUUUUGUAAUGGGUAGUGAGCGGCCUGCCUACAUGAAAAAGAUCAAACUAAUGCAGGCCCUGGCUCCCGUGGCAUAUUGGGACAACAUCGAUUCACCCAUUAUCCUGACCUUUGUAAAAUAUUUGAGACCCUUGACCUUCAUUGCUAGAUCGUUUGGCAUUUACGAAUUUCUACCUGAAAACGAUGUGUGGCAAAGACUCGGUCAUAAGAUCUGCAGCUUUAUUUUUCAAAACACGUGCACCUACUUCAUCCAGGAACUAAUGGGCGUAGACUACCAACAGUUCAAUACUAGCCUCGUGCCGCUUUUUACGGGACAUGCAUCUUCGGGAUCGUCACUCAAGUCCCUGGAGCACUAUGGCCAGCAGAUCCACAGUGGAGGCUUCUUCAAGUACGAUUACUACAACGCCUGGGAGAAUCGAAGAAGACACGGUGCCGACACCCCGCCACAGUACAAAGUGGCUAACGUGGAUUGCAAAGUGGCACUGUACUACAGUAAAAACGAUCGCCUGACCUCCGAUAAAGAUGUGCUGAGGUUACGCGAUACUCUGCCGAAUGUGGUUCACGAUUACCUGAUUCCUGAUCCCCGAUAUAACCACGUCAACUUUAUUUGGGGAAAUGACGUCAAAACUCAGCUAUAUGACCGAAUGCUGGAAAUUAUGCGGAAAGUGGACAAUGGCGAGUUAUAG